AUGGGUUGUGUUGCGUCUCGAAUUGAUAAAGAAGAGAGAGUGAGGAUUUGCAAGGAGAGGAAGAGGAUAAUGAAACAUUUGUUAGUAUUUAGAGGAGAAUUUGCUGAUUCCCAGUUGGCAUAUUUGAUAGCACUGAAAAAUACGGGAGUAACCCUUCGGCAGUUCACAGAAUCAGAGUCAUUGGAACUUGAGGAUACACCAUGUGGCCCUGCAUUGCCUCCCUCGCCUCCACCCCCUUUGCCACCUUCCCCACCUCCACCACCCACGUUUAGCCCUGAUUUGAGAAAAUUUGAGGAUAAUUCUGCCACCCAAGAAGAAAUCAUAGAAAUUGAUGAGGAGAAUAGUUGCACCCCGCCUCCGCCUCCAGUUCCAAGUUCUUCGUGGGAUUUCUGGGACCCUUUUGGUCCUUCUUCGCCGCAAUCUUUGAAAAAGAGUGAGACUGUGGAGCAGGUUGAGGAGGAAAAUUGGGCAGAGGCAAAUACUGAAUUUGAGGAAGAAGAUCAAGAAGGGGAAGUUGUUGGCAAUAGUGUUGUCAAUAUGCUUCCUAAAAAGCAGCAGACUGUUGAAUUGGUUGAUGAUAAUUCAUCAAUGAUGAGCUGGCACACUAAAGACACUGCAGAUAUGGCCAUGGUGCUCUGGCGGCGUAAGAAGACCUUGGCUGGUAUUGUAAAGGAGUUAGAUGAUUAUUUCCUGAAAGCAUCAGCUGGGGGAAAGGAUGUACCAAUACUUAUGGGCAUCAAUAUGGGUGACACCUAUCUUUACCAGAGCACCAAAGAAAACAAGAGGAAGAGAUGUAAUUCUGCAAAGGUCUUUAGUGGACUGACAUGGAGUUGGUCUUCUAAAUCACUUCAGCCUACAAGAGGUGCUGGAGAGUUCUCUGACCCAAGUGAACCCUGCAGGCUUGGAGCUCAUUGCAUAACACUUGAGAAACUAUACACCGAGGAGCAGAGGCUCUACAAACAAGUAAAGGAUGAAGAGAUUACCAAGUUAGAGCAUGAGAGGAAAUCCUUGCUGCUGCAAAAACAAGAGGAUGAAAAUUACGACUGGACCAAGACUGAGAGAACACGAUUUAGUGUUGAGAGUUUGCAGUCUGACAUUACAUGUCUGCAGCAAUCAAUCAGUAGGAAUUGCUCAACCAUAUUGGGGCUCAUAGAUGAGGACCUGCACCCUCAGCUGAUUGCAUUGACUUCCGGGCUAAUACAUAUGUGGCAAACAAUGUACGAGUGUCAUCAAGUUCAGAAUCAUAUCUCUCGCCAGAUGAAUCAGCUCGUAAAUCAGCAAGGCAUGCACGCAACUACUGACUACCAUCAGCAGGCUGCAUGUCAGCUAAAAACUGAGGUCACUUCCUUGUACAACAGCUUCUGCAAGCUCGUGAAUUCUCAACGGGAGUAUGUGAGAACUCUCUGCAGUUGGAUCAAACUCACUGAUAGCAUUGUGGAUAACUGUCAUCGAAGCGGUAGCUCAUCUUUGGUACAUGCCCUUUGCAAAGAAUGGGAGCUAGCUCUUGACAGGUUGCCAGACAAGGUACUUUUCGCUAUAUAUUAG